ACAAGGCCGCCAAGGAAGACUUUGUUUACCUGAAGUUGUUAUUUGACAAAACGAGGAAGACGUAGGCCACUGAAAGAUACGUUUCAAGAUGAAUUUACGGUCAGGAAAAAGUGUAGACAGUGUUCUGGACAGGGAGCAGACUAAGAGAAAAGCAAACAGACCUCGUCCAACACCUGCCGAGAGCCAAUGUGAGGAACAACAGCUUUUGCUACAAGUCGUUGUGGCGGUGGCUCUCAUUUUCAUCGGACUGGUACUGUACGUUGAGUGGAACAACCUGUGGUUUGGUCGUACUACCGCCCAAAAUUUGGCUUUGAUGGCGCCAGUCCCAUCGGACAAGGCGAAGACAGGUUACACCCUGCCGUCCAGCGGCAGUACUGCAGAGGACUAUGCCCGAAUCAUGGAGGCGCUGAUUGAGCACCAUCCCCAGAGUGUCCGACCGUUUGUGGAGGCUAUGGGAAAAGAUCUACUCAAGGAGGUCGCCACUGAACUUAUCCGGAAGGACGCCAGUCUUCUAGAGCUUCUGUCCGAGGCUAUGAAUCUUCCUCCUGACGCGGAGGGGCAGUGUUCCUUCAGAGUUACCGGAUCAGUCCCUGGAGAGAUAGAGGUCUGGUGUGUAGAGGGUCCAAGUAUUGGAACUGUAAAUCAUCAGGAACUAUAGACUAGAGAUUAUGGCGAUUCCCUUUGUGGUCUCCUAUUUUUUGCGAUUGACAGACAGAGACCAUAAAAGUUAAGUCCGUUUGUGCAAGGAGGUUAACGGUUAUAUCGGUUUGUGUUAGGAGAUAAGACUCCAGAAGAAGUCAAUGCACAAUAUGUUACGCGGGUGACUUGUAUUUUGUUGUACUCAACUCGAGAUAACAGAGAAAAAGAAGUUCAUCACACAAAAAUAUGAGUCGGUGAAAACAAUUA